GUGGCGGCCGCGCAGUAGCAGCAAGAGUAAUACUGUUAUCGGUUACGGUUCUUUAAGCGAGGUAGCAGACGGCUGGGGAGAAAAGUAAUCAGCAGCAGCAGCAGCAUCUAGGGUGCCGGAGGAGGAAGAUGGCUGAGCCGGGAACAUCCCGAGCGUCUCCCUUGUAUUCGCGGGCUUCAGCUGUGGAUGGAUUUCUGAAGACAGAUGAAAGGCAAAGACAAGCCAGAGAAAGAAGAGAAGAAAGAGAAAAAUAUUUUGGAACGAUUAGAGGCUAUGAUGCGGCGCUCCAUGGAACGAAGUCAGCAGCUAGAGCAGAAACAGAAGAGGUGGUCGUGGGGAGGAAGGCUGGCUGCAGGCUCAGGCGACACAGAUGGUGAAUCAGAAAAUGCCCCACCCCUUCUAGGUUUAGCUGUCAACACUCUUCUUCCAGACCCCGUGGUUUCAAUUGUUGCUGCUGAACCCUACAAUGCAUGUGACAAACUUUCAGUUUCUACAAUGAAUCUGCCAAAGCAAAUGGAGUCGUGUAUCAAUAAACGUCUGUCCUCCUCCAUAGCAACAAUAACUUAUUCCAUUGAUAAAG